AUGUUCCAGUCCUCGCCUUCCACUAUCAGAGAGAGAUCAUUGACUGUUCUUGACAAUUCUGUUUUUGUCGUCGCGGAUCCACAACAACCUCCAAUUAUUUCCGGCGACGAGGCAAAACAUCAAAUGCUGUCAAAGAAUGCAAAGCAAAGAAAGCUGUACGCAGAAGCAAAGGUUAAAGCAGCGCAACAACGCCAUGACAGGAAAAACAAACAGCAACCCAAAGGCUCAACAACAAGGGUGCGGACGUCUGCUGUUCCACUGAGUCAACAAUUGUCUGGUUCCAAUGACUCGGCAGAGCAGAGGUCAAAAGAGAACAAUGCCAUUCACAACAGCCAUGAGACAGGCUAUGAGGAGGACGAACUGCGAAGGGAAGGAGAGCAGAGCCGAAAGCAAGAGACUAUAACUGAGCUGGUAAAACAAAUGAAGCGGGGGCAACAGCAGGAUAUGAAGGCUCCGGAGAAGCUCAAAGGAAACAAGGAAGACGAGUCACAGUCGAAGUUACGGAACAGUUCAAAAAGGCAACAUAAGAACAAGUAUGAAAGACAAGGUGAUCAGAACAUGCAACAAGUAGAUAUGAAGCAAAACAAGCAAAAUGAGGCUAUGAAGCAAAGCACACAUGAAAAUCGUGGCCAGAAGCAACAGCAACAAGGAGAACGCCCCGGCAAACGAGAGGCGAUCGACGAAAAACCACAAGGAGAUAACGUCAUCCCGAAAGACAGCCAGAUUGUGGUUCAAAAGAUACCCACAAUAAAGGAACGAAUCAUAACCUUUGUUCAUGUUGGCAAGGCUGGAGGCAUGAGCUUGCGGGACAAGCUCAGUUUGAUAUGCCGUUUACCAUUGGAUCACGGCCAAACCCCAAAUGAGAUUCGCCGAUGCAUUGACAAGAAACAUCCCAACAAACGAGAUCUGUUGGGACGUCAAACUCAGUACUACUUUCACAUGUGGUCGUACCGACAAUCGUAUUUCCGGAAAUCCACUUCCUUCCUCUUCGUGCUCCGCAGCCCUGUGGAUAGAGUGUUGUCCGCAUACCGGUACGCACAUCCGGCCAAUUGCUACGAUGAUCGGAGUGUCUACAAGGAAAGUCCAUUGCCGCAUGGCUGUUCUCUGGGAGACCGCCUAAAGAAAAGGCCAAAAGGGCCAACUGGGGUCUUCUUCAAAUUCUGCUUUCCAUAUGCAGCCGCCGAGGAGUUUGCACAAAGUGUCAUGUCGCCAUGGAAGGCAGAUCCAACACAUCCCAACACAACCGUUCCAUCAUCCUUGGCCACCAAAUCCCGACGUGAGCAAAUGGAUUGUCGCAAAAAGGCCCGUGGCGCUGCAGACGGCACCUUCAAAACCGAUUCCUUUCAUCUGGAAUUUAACUAUAGAUACUAUGCAAGCAGUACUGCAUAUGCCUUUCCCGGCAAGGAAGUAUUGGCCAUUCGCACGGAAAACCAAUGGGAAGACAUCCAACAUCUUGCCAACAACUACUUGGGCGGAAACACUACCUUUAAUAACACCAAGGCAGUGUCUCACGGAAGUGAAAAGUACCAUCCCUCACCGAUUACCCAAGAGGCCUACAGGAAGCUAUGCUUUGUGUUGGAGGGUGAGAUUGAAAUCUACCUGGACUUGCUGAACCGAGCACAAAAUCUGAGUGAAGGAGCCAAAAAGGAAACAGACUGGAACCUGCGUGAAAAGUGUGGCGUGAAACUUGGCUGGAUCGAAUGGAAAAGGCAUUGCAAGAUCAAGUUGCAAGGAGAUGAGAAACGCCUGGGAAUUGUGCCGGUAGCUACCAGCAACUCCAAACCCAACUACUCUGGAGUAGCUUGA